AGCCGAAGAUGUCGGCUCGGUCAUGUGAUCAGCUGUGUCCAAUCACAGCUGAUCACAUGGCACUGAUGAUCAGUGUGCCCUGAUGAUCAGUGUGGCCCCAGAAGUGCCACCUGUCAGUGCUCAUCAGUGCCUCGUGCUAGUGCCCAUCAGUGCCACAUCAAUGCCACAUAUCAGUGCAUGCCAGUGCACAUCAAUGCCACAUAUCAGUGCCCAUCUGAGCUGCCUUUCAAUGUCACCCAUCAGUGCCAGUCAUGGCCACCUAUCGCUGCCAAUCAGUGGCCACCCACCUAUCAGUGCCAGUCAGUGUCGCCUAUCAGUGCCAGUCAGUGCCGCCUAUCAGUGCCAGUCAGUGCCACCUAUCAGUGCCAGUCAGUGCUGCCUAGCA